CUCGAAACUUUUGCCGUGACGCCACGAGCUCCGGUGUCGCGAAUCAUGAUAAAUCGGAGCUCGUUUAACGAUUACUUCACGGGUGCGAGGAUCGGGUACGCGGAAAUCGUGAGUUUCGGACGCUCCGGUCAGGCGUUUGUUGUCCGCCACGUCGUUUCGCGGACGUUGCUUGGAGCAAAGUAGUAUAAUAGUAUUACUUAUCUCCGUGUUACUUAUCUCCGUUAUUACGUUUCUCAAAUUAUUCACGGGAUUCUUUCUACUUGCUACACGAUGCUGAUUUUUAAUGAUACGAGCUCCGUUUAAUCGUUCGUUUUUACACACGCACAUACAUCCACAUACAUACCGCAUUAGGAGCACAAUGUCAUUCAAUCGAGGAGUGAAGAGAGAUACCUUCGGGAAUCGAGGGAAUUUCAAUCGGGGCGGCAGCGGAGGAGGCGGCGGUAACCGAGUUGGCAAUAACAGCGGCAUGGGAAGUAACAUGGGCGGAGGAAUGAGCGGGAGCGGCGGUAUGGGCGGAAUGAAUCCCUGGGAGGGCGGCAUGAUGCCCGGCAGAGGCAUCCUUCCUACACCCAACAACAACCUCUCCCUGGCAUCGCCGCAGGCGCAGCUAGCAAUCGCCAGCAAUCUUCUUACGAAUCUACUUCGCAGUCAACAAGAGGCGCAGCCCCAGCAGGUGCCAUCUCUCAUGAGUCUGGGAAAUAAUUAUUCAGGGCCAGGACCGAAUUAUCCCAACCAACAGAACUAUUCCUCCGGACGGUUUAACGAUCGACCGGCGCGACAUCCCAUGAAGAACCAACGUCCUCAGCCGUACAAUAAGAUGGGCAAUCGAGCCCGAGAUGGCCCCGCUGGGCGACGUGGCCCAUCCGCACAACAAUCUCGUGCACCCCAGUCUGGCAGUCAACGUAUGAACGGAAACCAAAUACAACAUCGCAACGAUAAAUCUUCUAAACCAAUUCCUGCCUCUAAACAAAAUCAGACUGCCAAAAAGGAACAGCAGGAUGUUAAGACCUCUGAUAGCGAAAAAGCAGAACCGCCUGUUCCGAAAAGCAAUGAUACAGAUGAAUCCGAGGAUAAGAAGCGCGAUUGGAAGGAUGAGAAAAACACGGAAGAUAUAAAAGUUGAAAAGAUGGACAGUGAAAGUACGGAAGAUAGCGAGAAAAAGGUGGACAAGUCUGCUGCGGAAGAUUCUUCGUCGAAAGAGACAAAAGAUGGAUCUGAAAAAACUGAGAAAGAGAACACGAAAACGACUGGCAAGAAAUCGGAGGCUAGACACGCCGAAAGUCGUUACGCCGAAGUUCCGAUGAACCAUAUGUUUUGUCACAUUUGCAAUAAGCAUAUGUGGGAUGGAUUUUCCUUCGAGAAUCACCUACGCGGACGUGCGCAUCAGCUGAUGAUGGAAAAAUUGGACGAGUCGUACAAAUUGAAAGUCGAUCUGAUGAGACACGAGCUGCGAGUUGCUGAGGAGCAGCGAGAGCUUAGCCUGAACAACUCUAAACGACGCGGCAAAAAAGUCUCUGUAGAUUUUAAUGUGAGAGAAUAUUGUACGAUGUGCGAUCUGAAUUUUUACGGAACCUUAUCUACACACAGGAAAGGCGAGAAGCAUCAACAAUUGAAAACAUUCUUGCAUCCCCGAUGCUUCCCGUGUUUAAAAGAAUUUCCGUCUCGCAUAGAAUACGAUGAGCACUGUUUAACACCGGCUCACAUGAAGAAUGCCGUUCAAUGCGAGGAGCAACGGAAAAAUAAGAAGAAAGAAAAACUGGCAAAGGGAGAAGCUGAGGUUCGCACCGCAGAAGACGAGGAGAAAGAUGUUUGUCAUGACGUGAAAAACGAAAAGGAAGAGGAUUCAGGCGAACAAGAAUACAUCACGGAUAUUGUAGAAAAUAUAACUGAGAAGAAAUUCAAGAUACCAUCUUACAAAUAUUGCCGUCAAAAUCAGAUCUUUAUUGGUAAAUCAAUGGUCAAGGAGGUUCAAGGAUUUUACUGCGAGCGUUGUCGAAGGUUUAUGCUCUUGGCUGAGGAUAUGAACGCUCAUCUGCGCAGCAUCACGCACUAUCGGAACUUUGUAGCGGAAGUAAAAUCGUUAACGUCGACCGCGUCAGCUGCAGAGACGAAAGAAACUGAACAAACUGACAAUGAGAAAAAAGUCGAAGUUAAGGAGGAAUGCGAUACACAGUGGAAACGUCGCAAGAUCAGUCACGAUGAAAGUGAAAAUAAUGACAAGCCGAAGGAGCAGCAAGAGAAUAGUGCUGACAGUAGCGCGCAUGUGGCACCGAAAAGAUCGGAUGGUGAGGAAAAAUAUGAUCCGUUGGAAGCCGAUGCAGCCGAAUCGGAGGAGGAGGAGAAUCGCGAGGCGGAGGAGGACGCGAAGGAGACCACCGCGGGAAACGACGCAAUCACGCAGGAUAUAAAAAUGGCAGUCGAUGAUGUGUGGACGGAUAUGGAUAAUGACAACGAUGUCGAGAUGGGUAAUCUGAUCGACGAGGCAGACGAAAAAGAACCCGAGAAAUCUACGCCGAAGAUAGAACGAAAUCGUAGUCCUCAAGUGAAGUCGCCUAGAGGCCGCGGAUUCACACGCGGUCGCGGUGGUCCGCGUGCCAGGAGAUCCCGGCGAUAAGGUAAAUAACACAUCCCGCGAUUUACGGAAAUAUGAAAGUAAACGCGAAUAGCGUUUGAAGGAUAACGUUGAUAUAAGGAAAAUUCAAUUGCGUGUUUCGUAUUCAGAUUCAGAAGUUGUAACGGAUAGAACACGUUUUUAUCAUUGAAGCGUGUGAUAUUAAUAUUAAUAUUGCACAUUAUAUUAGCAUUACAUGUGAACAUAGUAGUAAGUUUUUAAUUACAAGUUCUUAAUUAUAAACGACCUAUUUCACCUAGAAGAGAAUGUGUGCGCAGAUCAGAUUCUUUUUUUGUAUAAAUGGACUUUUAAUUAUAGAUAUGGUAACUUUUUUCAUACUUUAACAUCAUUGUUGACGCUAUAUAAAUGAUGAAAAAUUAUUGGAUAUUACACGUAAUUGCGAAUUUGAUUAGGGGAAAUUGAAUGUGUAUACGAUAUCCAGAAACAGUAAGUUAUUUGAAUUGUAAGCAAGGAAGUCUCGAUCGAAAUCUAAGCACACAUCCAAAACGAUGAUAUAUGUAAUCGAAAUAAUAUAAUGUCGAAUUAGAUAAUUGUCUCUUUGUUCUCCGUAUAGUCCCAUAAGGAUAUAUUCUUACAUCAUUUAUCGAUAUGGUAAAAGGCUAUAAAAAUUUGUAAUCUCAUUAUGUUCCUAAACGAGGAUAAACGAGUUCUCAUUAUUCUUCAACAUUCGAAUUCUUUUACUGAGAAUAAUUUUUCACUGUAACAUUUACGUAUCUAAAAGAAUGCUGAAAGUGAUGUUAUUAUAGAUUUUCAAUUUUGUAUUUUACUUUAAUCGCAUGCGUGAGUGUCGUGAUCGUUUUCAUAAUAAAAGAAAUAGCGUUUCUAUGUACGACGAGACUAAUUAAUUGUGCAUUCUCUUUAUACAAGGAUAGGACAUUCUGAUGAAGGAUCUUUUUGUAUCUAUUUUAAAAAUAUGCUAUAAAUUAAAAAAAAUUUAAACCCAAUAUGAAAUCAACAUUUGAACUGUUACAAACGAAUGUGUAUGUUGGGAGUGAUAAUUGGAUAGAAAUGUGUUAGGCGAUAUAAACACAUAUGACAUUAGAAGAUAAGUCGUAAUCACACAUAUGUACUGUAUGUGUAAUAUAUUAAAUGGACAGUUUAUUAAGAAUUCAAUAGAAACAAUCAUGUAUAA